AUGAGACCUACAGGGACACUUUUAGGAGGUUUGCUGGCUUCGGUGGCCGUAGCUGCGCCUCAAGCCUGCACUCUUCCGUCGACAUACAAAUGGACAUCGACUGGUUCUCUGGCAAACCCUAAGUCGGGGUGGGCCUCGCUCAAGGACUUCACCACCGUCGUCUACAACGGCAAGCAUCUUGUCUACGGAACAUACCACGACACUGGAUCGACAUGGGGCUCCAUGAACUUUGGCACUUUCACAAAUUGGGCUGACAUAGGCUCUGCCACCCAAAACACAAUGUCUUCAAGCGCGGUCGCACCGACACUCUUCUACUUCGCCCCGAAGAGCAUCUGGAUCCUCGCCCACCAGUGGGGGCCGACUACAUUCUCCUACAGGACGUCGAGCGACCCGACCAACGCAAACGGAUGGUCAUCGGCCCAGCCGCUCUUCACCGGCACCAUCUCGGGGUCCAGCACGGGCGCCAUCGACCAGACCGUCAUCGGCGACAGCUCCAACAUGUACCUGUUCUUCGCGGGGGACAACGGCAAGAUAUACCGCGCCAGCAUGCCCAUCGGCAACUUCCCGGGCAGCUUCGGCACGGCGUCGACGGUGGUCCUGAGCGACACGACCAACAACCUCUUCGAGGCGGUUCAGGUCUACACCGUCUCGAGCAGCCAGUACCUGAUGAUCGUCGAGUCCAUCGGCUCCGGCGGGCGCUACUUCCGCUCCUACACGGCCACGAGCCUCGGGGGGUCCUGGACCCCGCAGGCCACGAGCGAGAGCGCCCCCUUCGCCGGCAAGGCCAACAGCGGCGCUACCUGGACCAACGAUAUCAGCCAUGGCGAUAUCAUCCGCAGCAACCCCGACCAGACCAUGACCAUCGACCCGUGCAACCUGCAGCUUCUGUACCAGGGGCGGUCGCCUAGCUCUGGGGGAGACUAUGGCACUUUACCUUACAGGCCUGGCGUGCUGACUCUACAGAAGUAG